AUGGCAGAUAGAAUACGCCUCUCAGACUUAGUUUGGCUACAACCGGACGGAAAAUCGGAAUUCGAUAUUCCAGUCGCUGCUAAAAUACUCAACAGUUCUGGUGGCCUAAUACAAGUUCGAGAUGAUGACGGAAAUGUAUUUACAACAUCUGUCGAUAAGGUUAUAAAGCCAUUGCAUGCUACGUCUGUUGAUAGUGUGGAAGACAUGAUCACCCUUGGAGAGCUACAGGAGCAUACUAUUCUGCGUAAUCUUCAUAUACGUUAUAAUAUGCAGCUGAUUUAUACAUACACAGGAACAAUGUUAAUCGCUAUUAAUCCAUAUGAAAUAUUACCUAUAUAUACGAUGGAUCAAAUACAAUUUUAUCAAGAUAGAGCUAUAGGGGAUAUACCACCCCACAUAUUUGCUAUUGGAAAUAAUGCUUACAAGGAGCUUCUGGCUACUUCAUCUAAUCAGUGCAUUGUUAUAAGCGGUGAGAGUGGCGCUGGGAAAACUGAGAGCACAAAACUAUUAUUACAGUACCUAGCCGCUGCCAGUGGAAAGCAUUCAUGGAUUGAACAGCAAAUACAGGAGACUAACCCAAUUUUAGAGGCUUUUGACAACGAGGUAUGGGACAUUUUCAGUCUUCUCGCGGCCAUUUUACAUUUGGGUAACUUAAAGUUUAAAUCAUUAAACAUAAACAACAUCGAGUGCUCAGAAGUGGCCGAUCCGUUAAAUGCAAAUAGAAUAGCUACCCUGCUUGGGGUGAACAAAGGAAAUUUAUGUGACGCUUUAACUAAGAAAACUUUAAUUGCUCAAGGCGAUAAGGUUGUAUCCACUUUAUCAGCGUCAGCUGCAGUAGAGGGAAGAGAUGCGCUUGUUAAAGCUAUUUAUGGAUACAUUUUCGAGUACAUAGUUGAGACUAUUAAUAAAACGCUUUGCAAGGGACAGCAGCUGUCGAAUGGGUCAGUUGGUAUACUGGAUAUAUUUGGCUUUGAAAAUUUUGAAUCGAAUAGUUUCGAACAGUUGUGCAUUAAUUAUGCCAAUGAGAAUCUACAGCAGUUCUUUGUGAGACAUAUUUUUAAGAUUGAGCAGGAACAAUACGCGAAGGAAGGCAUAAAUUGGACAAACAUCACAUACAUCGACAAUCAAGUCAACUUGGACAUGAUCGGCCUUAAACCAAUGAACUUACUUUCACUCAUUGACGAGGAAUCGAGAUUUCCUAAGGGCACCGAUCUAACACUUUUGUCAAAGCUACAUACGAAUCAUAGCAAUAAAACUUGCUACGUUACCCCUAAAUCCACUCACGAGCACCGAUUUGGAGUAAGACAUUUUGCUGGUGAAGUAUAUUACGAAGUUAAAGGGUUUCUUGACAAAAAUCGAGAUAUGUUGACAUCAGAUGUCUUCGAUCGUGCAUUAUGCGUACGUCAAUUACGUUAUGCCGGUCUUAUGGAAACAGCGAAAAUCAGGCAAGCUGGUUAUCCGAUUCGCUAUCCAUACGGCGAAUUCGUUCAUCGCUACCGUCUUGUUGUUGCAGACAUACCGCCAGCGGAGAAGACCGAUUGCAAAGCCGCUGCAAAGAAAAUAUGCAAUGAAGUUCUAAAAGAUCGGGACUAUAGAUUUGGUCACACGAAAGUUUUUCUCAAGGAUCAUCACGACGUCACACUGGAAGAGCUCAGGCAUACGGUUGUAAUCAGAAGCGUUAUAAUAACACAAGCGAAUAUUCGAAGAUUUUUGCUUAGACGCAAGUAUUUACGGAUGAGGGCGGCAGCCAUUACCUUGCAGAAGCACUUCCGUGCCCGUGGCUUCAGAAGCCGCUACCUAGUUAUGAGGAGAGGUUACCUGCGUUUACAGGCGGCCAUCAAGUCCAGGGAACUUAGGAAAACGUUCCUUAACUUAAGGCAGUUCUUUAGAAACCUUCAAGCUCACUGCAGAGGAUAUCUAGUGAGAAAAUUAGUCACCGAAAAGGGUGAUAUCGUUAGAAGUAAACUUGCUGAAUUAAAAAAAGAAAAGGAUGAAGUAAUAAGAUCUUAUAACAACGUGGAAGAGGCCGAGAAUGAUUACGAGAAAAAGUUCGACGAUCUUAUGAGGUCCAUUUGGAUUGCUAAAGAUGCUACGGUGGAAAACAACGUCCAGAAUGCUGAUGUGAUAGACGAUACAUACGUUGAUGAUGUGUUCGAUUUUUUAAAGGAUACGGCGACCCCAGCUGGUACAGUAAGGGGCACUGGAUUCGGAGUCACCAUGACGGAAAAACCUCCGGUGAUGAAUGUAAUACCGAUCCCAAUAGAGCCGCAAGAAGAGUCUUUCGAUGAGUUUAACUUCAGAAAAUUCGCUGCCACAUAUUUCCAAGGCAACACAAGUCACCAAUACUCGCGGAAGCCCCUGAAAAGUUCCCUUCUAGAUUUACCGUUGCCUAUAGAUCAGUUUGCGGCACAAGCACUCUGGAUAACCAUACAAAGGUUCAUGGGUGACGUCUCCGAACCGAAGUAUGUUGAUGACAAGAUCGAUAACGUGCCAGUCAUGACUAAGUUGACGGACACAAUAGGGCGGGCGUUCCAAAAGAGUAAAGAAUUCGAAAACCUCAUUCAACCGGAAACCAACCAAAGCACUAGCAGGAUUGUUCAAAAAUUAAUAAAACGACGAGCGAAAAUAAAUGAGGAAUUUAUGCGAAACAUAAUGAGCGACGAAUCGACUAAUGAAAUGUACAGCAAUUGGUUAAAUUCAAGGAGAAGUACCAAUCUCGAGAAAUUACAUUUUAUUAUAGGACACGGAAUUAUUCGCAAAAAGCUGCGCGAUGAAAUAUUCUGCCAAUUGUGCAAGCAGCUUACAAACAAUCCCUCAAAAUCUUCUCAUGCCAGGGGUUGGAUCCUGCUAUCGCUGUGCGUUGGAUGCUUCCCACCAUCUGAAAGAUUUGUUAAGUAUUUGCGGUCAUUCAUACGCGGUGGUCCUCCAGGCUACGCUCCAUACUGCGAAGGCAGGCUAAUGAGGACUUUCAAAAAUGGCGCCCGUUCUCAACCCCCAAGUUGGUUAGAAUUGCAAGCGACAAAAACGAAAAAACCGAUACUCCUAACGGUGACUCUCAUGGAUGAAUCUAUGAAGACGGUACAGGCCGAUUCGGCAACAACGUCCGAAGAGAUUUGUCAACAAAUAGCUGAGAAUGUUGGCCUUGCGGACCUAUUUGGAUUUUCGCUGUACAUAACCCUUUAUGACGUGGUCCUAUCACUGGGUAAUGAGAGUGUUCACAUCAUGGACGCUGUUUCUCAGUGCGAACAGUUUUCCAAAGAGCAGGGCACGCCCGAGAAGAAUGCGCCCUGGCGGUUGUUCUUCAGAAAAGAAGUAUUUACUCCAUGGCACAACCCAGCUGAGGAUCCAGUAGCGACUAAUCUCAUCUACCACCAAGUCGCGAAGGGAGUCAAGUUCGGAGAGUAUCGAUGCAAUGCAGAAAAAGAUUUGGCUAUGCUUGCAGCGCAACAACAUUACAUAGAAUACGGUGAACGCUUAGAUCCCAACGUACUUAGAAAGGUUAUUGUUAACUAUAUACCAAAUCAGUUUAUCAAAUCAAAUGACGCUGCGCUGACUAAGUGGGAACAUCUUGUUACCAAAGCUUUUGAGUCUGCCCAAAGUAUACAGUCCAGGGUGGAUCCACUGCGCUGCAAAGAAGAUAUUGUGAUUUUCGCAAAACUGAAGUGGCCAAUGCUGUUCUCGCGGUUCUUCGAAGCCGUUAAACUGAAGGGGGAUUCGAUCAACAAAGAUGUGAUUAUAAUAGCUGUUAAUUGGACCGGUAUUUACAUUGUAGACCAACUGGAGCACAUACUUCUUGAAAUAUCGUACCCAGAAGUUACUUACGUUGCAUACAAUGACGAUACUGAGUACGAUAAUAUUGGCAGAAUAACCAUUAGAACGAUACAACAAGAAGAAUUUAUCUUUCAAAGUGUUGACGCUAGUGAAUUGAGUUCUUUAAUUAUAUACAUAAUUGAUGGCUUGAAGAGGCGGUCGUCUUACGUUAUCGCACAAGUGGACUCUCAAGGAUACGGUGAUGCCGCCUCGUUCUUGCAAUACAAAAAAAGCGAUCUCAUAACACUGCUUCAUGAUUGUACUGGAGAAACUUUAAUGAAUUCAACCUGGGGCCACGGUUCUUGCCAUGGUCAGGAGGGAUUGUUCCCUACGGAACAAGUUUACAUAUUGCCCACACUAUCUCUGCCUUCUAAUACUAUCAUCGAGGUGUUUAAGAAAGGUAAUAUUAAUACAGACAAAAAACCACUUUCGAAAUAUAAUACCCUUCAAAGAAAGAGAAUGCACACGCUUGAGAAAUUUUCCAAGGAAUACUUCAGGGAGAAUUACGAUUACAAUAUUACAAUAUCGAAACAAUCGACAUUGAACACGGCUAAAAAACCAAUAGCGAGUGAUUUGUGGGCGCACACUCGGGAGCCUCUGAAAAAGCCCUUAUUAAAGAAAUUGAUUGGCGAUGAGAAACUCUCUAAGCAUUCUAUAACGGCAUUUUAUGGUAUUUUAAAAUAUAUGGGUGAUAUGCCAGCGCCGAAACCAAGAUCAGUUACUGAGUAUACCGACGAAAUAUUUAAAUCCGCUUUAACAGAACCAGCAAUGCGAGAUGAAGUGUAUUGUCAAAUCAUGAAACAACUUACUAAUAACCGAAUACAGCUGAGUGAAGAAAGAGGCUGGGAACUGAUGUGGCUUGUAACAGGAGUGUUCGCUUGUGGACAAAUUUUGAUAAAAGAAUUAGUGGAGUUCCUAAAAACGCGUCCACAUCCCAUUGCGAAGGAGUGUUUGAAACGGGUAUUCAAAACGCAGAAGCACGGAUCGAGAAUGUAUCCUCCCUACGUUGUAGAGGUAGAAGCGAUUCAACAUAGAAGUAUGCAAAUAUAUCACAAAGUAUACUUCCCAGACGACACGGAUGAAGCAUUCGAAGUUGACUCGUCCACAAAAGCUAGAGACCUUUGUGAACAGAUUACAGGUCGUUUGAAUUUAAAGAAUAGUGAUGGGUUUAGUUUGUUUGUGAAAAUAGCUGAUAAAGUGUUUUCGGUGCCUGAAAGUUACUACUUCUUCGAUUUUGUUCACGAGCUUGUCGAGUGGAUGAAGAGAUCGCGCCCAGUGCGCUCGGGU